CGGAAGUUCUCGCGUCUUUUCCCGCCCGCUGCGGGCCUCUCUGGCCGGUGAUUUGUCCGGGCGCCUCCGUGCGCUCGGCCAACGGUCUCUGACAGCGCCCACCCGAGCGCCCCGGGAGCCGGCGGGCGGCGGUCCUCGCCAGGGACCUUCAGCGGGCCCAGGGGAGGUGAGUCAAAAAGGAUCUUGCUGUGAUUUAUGUCAUAGAGUGUUCUGCCUAUGUUUUCCUGGACAAAAGUGGCUCUAAAUCCAGCACAUGCAUAUUGAAGCAAGUUAAAGGAUUUAAUAUGAAGCACAGAAACAGAUAAUGCCAAAAAGCAAGCAGUAGUUGGUACACUUUUCUGGAAAAGCAGUUUCCGUGUUGUUAUGUACACCUCCAAAAAAAUUCAGAUCUUUAGGGGAAUUGUUGUGUAAAUAAACUGAACUACAGGGAGGCAGUACUUUAAUAGCUAUUAUAAACGUGUAUUUACUGUAUUAAAAAUGAGUAAACGAACAAGCAAUGACACAUCACUAGGAAGAGUGAGUGGGGCAGCAUUUCCUUCUCCCAGUGCUGCUGAGAUGGCGGAAAUUAGUCGAAUUCAAUAUGAAAUGGAAUACACCGAAGGUAUUAGUCAGCGAAUGAGGGUCCCGGAAAAAUUAAAGGUAGCACCACCAAAUGCUGACCUGGAACAAGGAUUCCAAGAAGGAGUUUCAAAUGCUAGUGUGAUUAUGCAGGUUCCAGAGAGAAUUGUUGUAGCAGGAAAUAAUGAAGACAUUCCAUUUUCAAGGCCAGCAGAUCUUGACCUUAUACAGUCAACUCCCUUCAAACCUCUGGCACUAAAAACACCACCUCGUGUACUUACACUAAGUGAAAGACCACUAGAUUUUCUGGAUUUAGAAAAACCUCCUCCAACCCCUCAAAGUGAAGAAAUCCGUGCAGUUGGCAGGCUAAAAAGAGAACGCUCUAUGAGUGAAAAUGCUGUUCGCCAAAAUGGACAGCUGGUCAGGACUGACUCCAUGUGGCACAGAUCAGAUUCUGCUCCAAGAAAUAAAAUUUCAAGGUUCCAGGCACCGAUUUCUGCACCGGAGUACACUGUGACACCAUCGCCACAACAGGUUCGGGUUUGUCCUCCCCGUAUGCUACCUGAAGAUGGAGCUAAUCCUUCCUCCGCUCGUGGCAUUUUGUCGCUUAUCCAGUCUUCCACUCGUAGGGCUUGCCAGCAGAUCCUGGAUGUGCUGGAUGAAAGCCGCAGUGUGAGAAGACAAAAUGAAAUACGUUGUGAAAGACCUGUGUUGCGUGGUGGGUCUGCUGCCGCCACCUCUAACCCUCAUCAUGACAACGCCAGGUAUGGCAUUUCACAUAUAGAUACAACGAUUGAAGGAACCUCAGAUGACAUGACUGUUGUAGAUGCAGCUUCAUUAAGACGACAGAUAAUCAAACUAAAUAGACGUCUACAACUUCUGGAAGAGGAGAACAAAGAACGUGCUAAAAGAGAAAUGGUCAUGUAUUCAAUUACUGUAGCAUUCUGGCUGCUUAAUAGCUGGCUCUGGUUUCGCCGCUAGAGGUAACCUCAACUCUCAAAAAUAUUGUCUCAACAGCUGGAAAUAUAAAGAAUUUGCAAACCUCUUUAUUUCUGUCUUUGCAUUGUAUGCCGUUUUACAGUCCCCACCCUGAAAAUGUAUUUCUCCCAGAAAGGAUGGGGGAAAGACUUAUAUUUGCAGAAGUAAAGGUAUGUCCUGUCACUCGACUGUAUUUAGUUUUAACCAGUUCUGCCAUAACACCUACUUAAAAUUCUCCCUUUGCAUGUUUUGUAAAUAGGACCUAGUUUGUUUGUUGUUUUGUUUUGUUUUGUUUUUGCCUCAUCAAUCUGCAUAGCUAAUUCUAUGAAUGGGAGAGAAAAAAGUGUACAGAAAAUGGAUUUAGAGAAGUGUCUGUAAAGGAAAAAUAAUACUUUAUAUUGUCCUGUUUCUCAAACACUGUUAGAUUAAACAGUUUAGUUAAUAGACAUUUUUGCAUCCACAUUUCAACAUUAACACUACUGAAGUCAUGGUCUGGUGUCAGAUUUAAUAAACUCAAGUCACCUCAUGUUUCAGGAUCACCUUCAAUAAAAUAAUUCCUAACAUUUUCAGCAGUUUAAGAUGAGGGCAAAAUGUGCAUUUUUAUUUUUAUUUUAGUUUUGCAGAUGGUUUUCUAUAAAGUACAUUUUUACUAAGUCCUUGUGUGAAUGAUUUAAAAAACUACAGAAUAAGGUACAAAUGUAGUGUAUUUAAUAAACUGUCAACCAAAGCUA